AGCUCUAAAAAAGUCAAACCACAUGGGUACUUAAACUUGCAUGACUUAUUAUAGGAUUAGAGAGCAGAGCCAUAAAAUCAUAUCCUCUCGAUAAGGCAAAAGUGGCGGCCGCAACAAUGGAUAAGUUCCACGUAGUCUUCAUCUCCUUCCCUACCAUCGGGAACCUUGUUCCGACCGUUGAAUUCGCCCGUCACCUUAUGGACCGCGACAUUCGUCUCUCCGCCACCGUCCUCGUGGUCGAGAUCUCCGGCAGACCCAUUAUCAACGCCUACAUCAAAUCUUGUGUUGCCACCGCCUCCAAACUAAACUUCCUCUACCUUCCCACCGUGGAUCCCCCUUCCCCGGAUCGGUACCAGACUUCCAUGGGCUAUUUGUCACUCCUGUUUGCAGCACACAAAUCCCACGUUAAAAAUGCAAUCACAAGUCUCAUGUCGGCUGACUCGGCGUCUGACUCACCCCGAGUUGGAUUGUUCGUAGACAUGUUUUGUACAUCCAUGAUUGAUGUUGCCAACGAACUCAGCAUUCCUUGCUAUCUUUUCUUCGCCUCUCCAGCUAGCUUUUUAGGAUUCAUGCUUUAUUUUCCGACUCUAGACACCAAAUUCGCCACCGAGUUUGUGGACUCCGAUUCCGGUGAGAUGGUCCCGAGAGAGCCGGAAACUCGGUUGUCCGUUCCGGGUUUUGCCAAUCCAUUGCCGCCUCAGGUUUUGCCACCAAGAUUGCUGAAGAGGAAGCAAGAUGGUUACUUUUGGUUUUUACACCAUGCUCGCAGAUACAAGGAAGUCAGAGGUAUGGUUAUAAAUACGUUUCGAGAACUCGAAACAUAUGCACUUGACUCAAUUUGUACCGACGAUUUGCCUCCGGUGUACCCGAUCGGACCAAUUCUUGAUCUCGCCGGACCGGCGAAGUGGCACCCGGACCGGGUGGAACAUGGUGGCAUCAUAAAAUGGCUGGAUGAUCAACCGCCGUUAUCGGUGGUUCUCUUGUGUUUCGGCAGCAGUGGGUGUCUUAGCCCGGCCCAAUUGAGGGAAAUAGCGGUUGGGUUAGAUCGGGCCAGGGUUCGGUUCCUGUGGUCAAUCCGUGAACAGCCCAAGACCGAGUUGGAUUUGCCCGGUGAGUUUGCGGAUCCGAGGGAGGUCUUGCCCGAAGGGUUUUUAGAUCGAACGGCCGGGGUUGGUUUAGUUUGCGGGUGGGUCCCACAAGCUGUGAUAUUGGCCCACAAAGCCAUCGGAGGGUUCGUAUCCCACUGCGGUUGGAAUUCUAUACUAGAGAGUGUCUGGUAUGGAGUUCCGAUUGCCACGUGGCCGCUUUACGGCGAGCAACAAAUGAAUGCAUUUCAGCUGGUGAAGGAGUUGGGAUUGGCCGUGGAGAUCCGAUUGGAUUACAGGGAAGGUAGCGAUUUGGUGUCGGCGGAGGAGCUGGAGAAAGCCCUGCGGCGUUUGACGAACGGUGAUGAUGAGAUCAGGAGAAAGGUUCAGGAAAUGAAAGAGAUGGGCAGAAAGGCUUUGAUGGAAAAUGGAUCAUCAUACAAAUCAUUGGGAUCCCUAAUUCAGGAUUUAACAAACUCGUCAAAAUAAGCACUGCUGUACCGUAUCACUGCACUUUUUUUUUUUUUUGUGGUUCCCAAGGUCAAAAUGACAAAGUGGUAAUAAGAAGCUCAAUGAGUG